AUGGGUGCAUGUCGACCUCCGACGUCAGGACAGCAAGCUGCAGCAGCAAGCCAGCAGCAGAUGGCAAUGGCAGCAGCAGCCGCGAUUCGAGCGCAGUUGAUGGCCUCGAGUCAGGCUGCAGCGGCCGAGUAUCAACGUCAGCAACAACAACUCGCGAUGGCCAUGUUGAACGGCGACGUGAACCAGGCACAAGCGAUUCGCGCCAGACUCUUCCAGACACAACAACAAGCCGCUCUCCUGGCCAGUCAACACUACGCACAGCAACAACAGCAGAUGGUUGGAGUUUUGAUGCAUUCAGUCGAUUAUUUGGUCACAGCAACAGCAACGGCGAACAGCACCAACGCGUUACCAUCAAUAAUAUCUCGUUUACCGCCAUCGGCCAACUGCAUCAGUGUUGAAGAAUUGGAAAGACAGUUUGCAACUAAUUGA